CUCCUCUCAUACUCCUACGACUACGAGUCUACGACCAUUAAAACCAGAAACUGACACAAACAGCGACAGAGAGAGAGAGAGAGAGAGAGAGAGAGAGAGAGAGAGCGUCAGUUACAUAUAGUGAGAGAGAGCCCAUACCUGGAUCUAGAUCUUCUUCGCCCCGUACGUUAACUCUCUCUCUCUCUCUCUCGUUCUUCUCAAUCGCCAUGAUGGCGGUUCGACGGCCUCCUCUCGCAUUUCUCCCAUGGAUCUCCGUUCCUCUUCUCCUCUUCAUCCACCACGCUCACUCCUUCUACCUCCCCGGCGUCCACCCCGAAGAUUUCCAGAAGGGUGAUGCCUUGAUGGUGAAAGUGAACAAACUGACUUCUAUAAAGACACAGCUUCCAUACACCUACUAUUCCCUUCCUUACUGCAAGCCGAAGGAAAUAGUUGACAGUGCAGAAAAUCUUGGUGAAGUUCUUCGUGGCGAUCGUAUUGAAAACUCACCUUAUGUGUUUAAAAUGCGAGAACCUCAAAUGUGCAAUGUUGUCUGCCGCCAAAUCCUUAAUGAAAAAACUGCUAAGGAAUUUAAGGAAAAGAUAGAUGAUGAAUACCGCGUGAACAUGAUUUUGGAUAACCUUCCUCUGGUUGUGCCCAUACGAAGGUUGGAUCAGGAAUCUUCCUUUCUGUAUCAGCAUGGCAUUCACGUAGGUCUCAAAGGAAAGUAUGCCGGAACCAAUGAGGAGAAAUAUUUUAUCCAUAACCACUUAACAUUCACGGUGAAGUUUCACAAGGACCAACAAACAGAUGCUGCUAGGAUUGUAGGAUUUGAAGUCAGGCCAUUCAGUGUUAAGCAUGAAUACGAAGGUGAAUGGAGUGAAACGACUCGUUUAACGACCUGUGAUCCCCAUGCAAAACGCUCAGUUACCACUUCGGAUUCUCCUCAAGAGGUUGAAGAUAAGAAGGAAAUUAUCUUCACAUAUGAUGUCGAGUUUCAGGAGAGUGAUGUGAAGUGGGCAUACAGAUGGGACACGUAUCUUCUAACGGCUGAUGACCAAAUCCACUGGUUUUCGAUUGUCAAUUCACUGAUGAUUGUUCUUUUCCUCUCUGGCAUGGUGGCCAUGAUCAUGCUUCGGACACUAUACCGCGAUAUCUCCAAAUACAAUCAGCUUGAAACACAAGAAGAAGCCCAAGAAGAAACUGGAUGGAAGCUGGUGCAUGGAGAUGUCUUCAGACCACCCACAAACUCCGAUCUCCUCUGCGUUUACGUAGGAACAGGUGUACAAUUUUUUGGAAUGAUCCUCGUCACCAUGAUAUUUGCCGUCCUAGGGUUUCUCUCUCCUUCCAACAGAGGCGGUUUCAUGACAGCAUUGCUUCUUCUAUGGGUCUUCAUGGGCCUUUUUGCGGGCUACUCUUCAGCCCGUCUCUACAAGAUGUUCAAAGGCACGGAGUGGAAGAAAAUCGCUCUCAGAACGGCUUUCAUUUUCCCAGCAAUAGCCUUCUCCAUCUUUUUCUUCUUAAAUGCUCUAAUUUGGGGUCAGAAAUCUUCGGGAGCAGUCCCAUUUGGAACCAUGUUCGCUUUGGUAGUUUUAUGGUUUGGGAUUUCUGUUCCUCUUGUUUUUGUCGGUGCUUAUGUUGGAUUUAGAAAGCCACCUCUUGAGGAUCCGGUGAAAACCAACAAAAUCCCAAGGCAAAUUCCGGAACAAGCUUGGUGCAUGAACCCGAUUUUCUCUAUCCUCAUUGGGGGGAUCCUCCCAUUUGGAGCCGUAUUCAUCGAGCUCUUUUUUAUCCUCACUUCGAUCUGGUUGCAGCAAUUCUAUUACAUCUUUGGCUUCCUCUUCAUCGUCUUUGCAAUUCUGAUUGUGACUUGUGCAGAGAUCACGAUCGUGCUGUGCUAUUUCCAGCUGUGCAGUGAGGACUACCUUUGGUGGUGGAGGUCCUACCUCACUUCCGGAUCCUCAGCUCUUUACUUGUUCCUCUACGCCGCUUUCUACUUCUUCACUAAGCUUGAGAUCACGAAGCCGGUUUCUGGGGUUUUGUACUUUGGCUACAUGUUAAUCGCUUCGUAUGCUUUCUUUGUGCUCACGGGUACCAUGGGUUUCUACGCUUGUUUCUGGUUUACAAGGCUCAUCUAUUCAUCGGUGAAAAUUGAUUAACAGUGUAAAUCUGUCACACGUGAAGCAAUGCAAAUCGAUUGAUUUAUGUCUUCAUGAGGUAAAGAAAAAAAGCAAGGUACUCGCCAUUCGGAGGUACUUGUGAAUUUGAAUUUUUAGGUCUUAUACGAUGGAAAUUGGUCUCUUUUUCCUUCUCUCUUUGGAUGUCUCGAUACAAGUUAUUGCGGUGUCCUAGAUUUAAGUCUUCAUUUUUUUUGGGUUCGGUUUUUUUUUCUUCUUUUCUCCCCAUUAUUUUGUACUGAGACAUUGUGAGAUAAUGCCUAUUGCUCGUGCAAAUUCCGUGUCCUAAAUGACUGGUUAUUGUAGAAUAUUAUUUGGAGGGAUUCUUGUAUCAUCAACUGGUACAAAGCUGAAGGUUAUAUUGAUUAUAUUGCUCUA